AUGACCUUGCUCAAUCAUUCAAUUCACGUUCACGUGUGCCCGUGGAUAUGUCGCGCGAGAUACUCGCUCCUGGGUGUCGCGCGAAAUCUCUAUCGAAAUUCGUCACAUUUUCCAGUCGCACGUGUCGCCACGGAGUCGGAGUGGAAACACGGGCCGGAGUAUAUUUUCCAAGUUCAAGUGAACUCCACCGCUAUCCCCGCAGAAGGUAGCUCCAUGAGCAUCCGGCUGAAUGUCGCGUCGAAGCUCGUGUGCCAGCCCAAGUCGUACCACGUGUUCACCUGCCACUUUCGCGACUCGAAGGCGGACAGUUACACGACGGAGAGCUUGGACCCGUGGUUCCAGGAGACGCCUGUUAGCCGCGUGUCGAGGCAGGAGGCGUACGAGAUCAAUCAGGACCAGUUCGAGAUGAAGUUCGGGAAACAGGGACUGGAGAGUCUGGUGGUGAACGAGAAUAUACAGCCGAGAGAGUUGGAUAUGAUACGCGUGAUCGUUGGGCAGCUGAACAUAGGUAUGGCGUUCGUGAGCCACCAUCGGUCGCAGUUCCAUCUGAUGGAGAACUUCACUCAGGGUGAGUGCGCGACGAUCUUCACCGUGCAUCGGAACAUCGUCGGGCUACCUAUGCACGUGAAACGUAACUACGUUCUGAUGCCGGUGAUCCCGCUGAGGGACGGCGAGGUGUUGCAGAUCAGGAAGAUGAGGAAUCUUCAUAUGUGCACGCACAAGGUGCCGUAUUUCUUUGGAAGCGCGGAACGAAUGAGCGAAUAUAGCGACGUGGUGUCUACCAUUAGUUCGUCGGAGAGUCUCAUCAUCGUCACGUCCACGGAAUUUAUCACGGGAACGAUAAACGUGGUAACGACUAACAAGAUAUCAGAACGGAUAGCGACCACCUUGUACGAGAAUAUAAACUUGAAGUUAGAAUCGAUCCUGCCGGCGGAGAGCGAACCGUUGGAGGUGAAGGAUCCGGAGCCGGCUAGCAUGUUCAUCGGAAGAUGGCUGAGGGAGAGCUCGUUGGAGGAGGACCAGUCGACAGAGGAGUAUCCAUCGAUGGAAGAGGAUUUGUCGAUGGAAGGUUUAAUCUCUCGUCGUAAGAAAGAUGUUUAAAUACACUAUGGCAACAUCGGUGAUAUGCAGAGAGAGAGAGAGAGAGAGAGAGAGAGA